AUGGCCAUCUCACCAUCGGACAACGCGGCACAGGCCCAUGAUGUCGCCGAUUCCUACGGCAACACGGUCGAUGCGCCGACGUACGACGACGCGACAGCCGAACCCGAAGUCACGGGCGUCUUCAAGCACAUCGCCAAGGUCAUCCCCUACUUUCGCAACCCGCGCCAUGUGCUUGUCUUCAAGCUCGAUGUCUUCCUGCUCGCCUGGAUGUUCCUCGCCGGUAUCAUGAAGGAGAUGGACCAGAGCGCGACGACGCAGGCCUACGUCUCGGGUAUGCGCGAGUCGCUGUCGCUCUACGGCAACGAGCUCGUUCUCUUCAACACCUUUUUCAGCAUCGGCUAUGCCAUUGGCCUCGUGCCGGGCCAGCUCAUCCAGACACGCUUGCGGCCGUCGCUCUUUCUGCCCUUCUGCGAGAUGGCCUGGGGCUUCUUUGUGCUCUUCACCUACAAGGCCAAAAGCGCCGAGACGGUCUACGCGCUGCGUUUCUUCCUCGGUCUGCUGUCGGCCGCCUUCUGGCCCUCGGUCGUCGCCCUCAUCUUCAACUGGUACACGCCGCGCGAGCUCGCCGUGCGCCUGGCCGUCUUCACCGUCUCGGACGUCGCAGGCGCCAUCCCGGCCAUCACGCGCGCCCUCUGGCUCUCGCCCGCCGAGCGCGUCCUCGCCCGCGACCGCAUGGCCUCAUUCGGCGCCAAGACGUCCUCGAUGCUGCGCCCGGCGGCCCUGCGCCGCAAGCUCCGCCAGAUCGUCGUCCACCCCGUCACCUACUUCUUCCUCUUCGCCUUUGCCCUCAACGCCUGGGCGCACCGCGCCAACGCCUACUUUGUCCUGUACCUCGAGUCGCUGACCAACGCCGACGGAUCGUCACGACCGUCGGCCUCAACGCCCUCUCCGACUGGAAGCACUGGCGCUGGCAGGUCAGCAUCGGCAGCGCCGCCCUUCCACGGCCUCUUCCUCGCCGUGCUCUGCGCCUGGCCGCCCGACGACCGCGUCGUCCUGAGCUUCUACUUCCUCACCUACGCCACCAACGCCGGCUCCUCCUCGCUCAUGGCCUGGUUCGCCGAGAUCCUGCGCCGCGAGCCCGAGGCCCGCGCCAUCAUCGUCGCCGCCACCGUCACCAUUGUCUACGUCGGCCACGCCACCAUUCCGCUGCGCGCCUGGCGCGUCGCCGACGCGCCCCGCUACCCCGUCGGCUUCCCCCUCGUCACCGCCUUUACGGGCCUCACCGUCCUCGUGCAGCUCGGCCUGCUGUUCUGGGAGAGGCGCCACCCCGAGAUUGUCGAGUACGGCUACGAAAAGGGGCCUGCGGGGAGCGUGGCCGGGUCGGAUGAGGAGGGUGGGCGUGUCGAUGGCAAGCUGUCGCCCGAGGUCGUCUCAGAGGCUGCCAGAUUAGUUCUACUAUGUAAACGUUUUUCCUUACUUGUUCAGAUAGUGAGCUCGCUCAGCCUACCUAAGACCCAGAUUCCGUGGUGUUACGUUGGUGGAAUUACCCUGGGUUCUACAUAG